CAUUAAUGUGACAGGGAUGAAGGAACACCUUUUACAGUAGCAAUAAAACCAUCAGAAGUGCUGAGCGCCCUCCAUUCAUAAAGUCAUCAGGCGCCUGGCACAAAGUGCAGAGGGGGAUUAUACAAGCAUUAGGGUGGUAUGCAAGUGUUACCAGGGCAUUAGAAGAAUUCAUUACCAGGAACGGCUAUAGACAAGAAAAGAAUCAAUCUAAAGCUGCAGCCAUGCUGAGCUGGAAGUUACCCAGGCUGCUAAAUGUACACCAGGUGCCCAAGGUAUUUCAUGAAGACAGUAUUAUUUGUGGAUAUCGUUCCCCUACAUGCUCCGCCACUGCAUGUAUCCUAAGUCUCUUCCAAAUGACCAAUGAGACUGUAAAUAUAUGGACACAUUUUAUACCUACCUGGUACUUCCUAUGGCGAAUUCUGGCACUUCUUUCCUCAUUACAUGAUCCCUUUUUGUGGCCACUUUUGGUCUACCUCCUGUCCUGCUGCAUCUACCCUCUGAUGUCCACCUGUGCUCAUACAUUCAGUAUUAUGUCCAUCCAAGCGCGGCACAUUUGCUUUUUCCUGGACUAUGGAGCAUUAAGCAUGUACAGCUUGGGGUCAGCCAUUGCCUACUCUGCAUAUAUCUUCCCAGAUCGAUGGGUGAACAGCCCCUUCCACCUUUGGUUUGUAUCAUGGGCAGUUUUCAACACAGUCAUCAGCACUGGAAUGUCCUGCUUUUCCAGGCUGGGUAUUCCUGUUCUGCAUUAUAACCAGCACCUGAUAGAAAGGUUUCCAGAGCAGGCUCGUCCGCGGCUUAGCAAGGUGAUGCGGGUAACAGCCUUUGCAUACCCCUACCUGUUUGACAGCAUUCCAUUGUUUUAUCGGUUAUUCUUUUGCUCGGGUAAUGACUGCACACACAAUGCCACCCUUACCAUGCACAUCUGGCAUUCCAUCUUUGCCUUUCUCACUGGUUUUCUGUUUGCCACACAUCUUCCGGAGAGGCUUGCCCCAGGACGAUUUGAUUAUGUGGGACACAGUCACCAGCUCUUUCACGUAUUUGGUAUCAUGGGAACAUAUUUUCAGAUGGAAGCGCUGAUUAUGGAUAUGAAUCUAAGGAAGAAAUGGCUUCUGGAUCACUCUGUCAUGCCAUCACUAUCGGGCACUCUGGGAGCCUUCUGCUCAGCCAUGGUGAUUUCCUUAUUGCUUAUCGCUGCUUUCUCAUGGGCUCUGUACUGGAAGCCAAAGGAACAGGAUAAAAGAAAAAACUUUUAAGGUACCUGGAUACAAUAUCCAAACUAAGUCUGACAAGACGGAAGUUGCAAUAAAAAUAGGACUAGGUUUGCGUUCAUGGUCCUGGACUGCAGAGCAAAGAAAAGAAUACAGUGUAUGGUACCCAUUCCCUCCUAAAAAACAAAACAAAACCUGCACAGUCCUCCAUUCCUGCUACACAGCAAGUCAACAUCCUAUGCACGUGUCAUUGAAUACUCUGGAAUACACUGGAUAACUUUGCCCUGGUACCAUGAUUUCAUUUGCACAGUAAGACACUCCAGGGACUGUAUAAUUCUGCUGAGCACUGAAAUAAGGGGUUCAUUACUUAAUUAUUAUGUUAUGUCCUGGCAUAUUGUCACAGUAAGGUCUUGGUGACAAGUAUAUUUAUGAAACUCUAUAUUCAAAUAUUUCUGUGCCUUUAAAAAUAAGCUGGCUGAGAAUGUCUGUGGAAAGGUAUCAAUUGGUAAUUGACAUCUGAGCAUUAUGGAUUUUGGUGGAAAUGGUGAUUUUAAUGGGGCGAACAUGUAGGUUCUGUUCCCACCUGUGUCAGAAGUUCUGUCAUAUUUGCCUGGAAUAACACAACUAUAACAUCAUUUUCAGUUUUCUGCCUCUUUGAUGGAACAGAAAAGCAGAAAUGACAAUGCAAAUGUGAACACACCCUAAGCAUUUAUCUGACACAAGCAGUAGCCUGACAUUCUAAAUGUUGACCAAGGCUUUGCUAUACUAAGCUGGUGAAAGUAUCCUUUGCUAUCUUCUGCCAUAUCAUAGGGUCAACUCAGAAGAUAAUCUUGGUAACCAUCAAUCAGAGAUGGUGUGGUACACACAUGGAGAUUGUGAGUGUUGGAGACCAACAUCAAAAAGCGUUCGACCAUCUUUGGCAGUCCCACAGAUUUUGACUGGAGCACAUACCACAGCUCCAUUCAGUUGAUCAGUGGAGGUCCCAGAAGUCGAACAAUCAGACACUUAUCACUUAUGCACAGAAUAUGUGAUAAAUGUUGAAUAUGGGAUAACCCCUUCAAAGGGAGUCUGUCAGCAGUUUUGGCAGUGCCAAACUACCAAAAGCACUAGGUGGAGGCGAAACAUUCUUUUUGUGUAGUUUUUAUUAUAAAGAGUGGCGUGAAUAUGAACUUUUAGUCUGCCAAAAAGUUCUCUAGCAAGAGCCUGGGAAGCAGAGCUUCACUGUGAAGUGCUCUCUGCAUUGUUCUGCUUCACAGCUCCUCCUAGAGUCCAACCAGGAGAUCACUACAGCUGUCAUUCAAAAACCCUCGAAAACCCCUUUAAUCUUUCGACCUAAUAUUUUAUGUCUGUGUACCCUGUCAGUAGAUAAAAAAAAAGGGCAGGGUAACCCUUUGUCUUAUCAUGCACCUUUAUUUAUGACUCACUGAAAAAAGCACUUCCAUCUGUGGCUCCGCAGGCCAGGUGACAUGAAUGUCUUCAAAUGUACGGUACGAUCUGUAAAUGAAGGAAAUGUACAUCCAUUGUAUAAUGAAAAUGUUUGAUACAUGAUCACAAUAUAUUUAUUACAUGGAAAACCAUGGA